AGAGUCUAAAGAGUGCAAAUAAAUAAACUUAACAACAACUUACUAAUAUCAAACCAUUAUUUUCAGUUCUGUUUCCACGGUCUCCAGAUGCUGCUCUAAAUCUUGACAAGAGCUAAAUAAAUUUGUAUUGUCUGCAAACAAAACACAUUUGAUCAUUUUAGACAUUUUGCAAACAUCAUAAAUGUACAAUAGAAAGAGUGAAAAGUGUGCCAACCAACCCCGGUCUCCCCUACAGAUAUUGACAGCCAAUGCAUUGCCCCUUGAAGAGAUUCAUUCAAUUUUACAUGACCCACUUACUUCUUCUUGUAGCUAAUUAUUUAUGGCUUAAUAUGUCCGAAACAGCACUGCCACAGCACGAGAUAACGUUAGCAUUUUAAAAUGGCUAAUGGUGCUUUAAAUAUUUAACUUGUAAAGUGUUUAAUUUAGUCAAAUAAACCAAAAGAAGACCCAAGAGACAGACAGUGAGAUUACCUGGUAGAAGAUACCCGUGUUCUCGUCAGUUUCAGUGCAGCUAUGGCGACCUCUCGCGGUACUUCUCUCAAACUGCAGCUCAGUGGAGGCGGAGGCAGAUAAGAGCGCGCGCUCAGUACGUCUCGUGCCGCAGUUGAAGUGUGCUGCAUCUCUGAAGGAUCUCCGAGCACUAAAUGAAUCCGUGUUUGGCGAAAACAUCACAGAGGAGCAGCGCAAAGUUAUCUGCGGAAAGGAAAAUUCUCCCGUAACAAGGGCAUCUGCCUCUCUCUCCGGCUGCCAGCAUGAUGAAGGACUGCCUGCAGUUCCUUAUCGAGCCGGCCAAAAAGCUCAAGAUCCGACUCAAGGAGUCCCGUAAGAAAGUGAAACUUGAGAAAAAGGAGCCACUGGUAGAGAGUCAGUUAUUUAUCAUGGAACUGGCCCGAGAGCUCAACAAAAUUUGCCAGAGGUCAAACAUCCUCGGCCACAUCUGGACCAGUGAGGACAUCUGGCCGGCCAGUGUGUGUCGUGAUUUCAUUGUGGAAUGGGCUGCUGUGUUGGAGAAGAGAGUACAGCCGAGGAUCAUCCUGUCUGAAUACCAGUAUGAGAAACCAGAGAAGAAAGACUGGAAGGGACACCUCCUGUGCAUGCUGGAGGCAGGCGGGGAGUGCGACAUGGGGGCCCACAAAAGAGUCAUCAUGGACUGGACACGAGAGAUUAAGAGCAGACCUCAGCCCACCGUCUGGCCAGGUGAGCCUGUGCUCAUGAUGCUAGAUGACCUGGAGUUCCAGUGGAAGAGGGGGCGUCUCCCUAACCUGCUCCCAGCCAUGGAGCUUGUCAUGCUGGCCGUGAUGAACGCCGACAGCCCUGUCAAGGAGGACGUGACAAAGCAAUGGCUGGUGAGAAAGCAGAAGAGCCAGAAGACCGACGCUGUCCGCUACAUCCCCCACAGUGUGUGGAACUGGAUUUGCGAUGCCGCAGAGGACGUCACUUUGGACUCUGACACAGCCAACCCAGACCUCCUCAUCUCCGGUGAUGAAAAGCGUAUGCGAUGCGGCCUGGAGCGCAGGGCAGUCCCGCGUUGCCCGAGACGCUUCGACGGCUGGUGGUGUGCAGUGGGCCAGGAGGGCUACUCCUCUGGACGUCACUACUGGGAGGUGGAGGUGGGUGAGCGAGAUUGGCGGUUGGGCGUGGCCAAGGCGUCUGCGGUGAGGCAGGGCUUCCGCCCGCUCACCACGGAAACAGGCUACCUGACCCUCCGUCUUGAGAGGGGCACAGAUCUGAAAGCCCUGACAGUGCCCGUCACCCCGCUGUCACAGAGCCUGGUGCCCAGGAAGGUAGGGGUGUACCUGGACUAUGAGCAGGGCCAGCUGUCUUUCUACGACGUGGAGAAGCGCUCCCACCUGUACACCUACACCGAGAAGUUCACAGAGGAACUGUACCCUGUGUUUGGGACUGUGGAGGUGGUCAAAGACCUGGUGAUCAGGCCUGCAGACGUCAGACAGCCGUGCCUCUGCCCCGGGCCCUGCCUCUGGACCUGAACUGCUUAACACACAACAGUCACUCCUCAGUCCUGAUCCUCAGCAGCCCACUGAGUCUGUGCUUUUGUUUUGGUCCGUUAUUCAGUGAAUUUGUGUGCUGGUUCUGGACUAAAAGUCUGACUCUUUCUGCGGGUUGCCUUGUGGGGUCACGCAGGGACAUGAACCCAUCAUUCUGCAUUACAUUAUCUUUUACUCUGCCUUCACAGAGACAUACAGUGUUUGACUGUUUGUAUUGUAAGGAUGAAUAUUUAAGGCUGUCAGGGCAAAACCUCAAAAACAGUCUUGUUUUUAGCUUUUUUUCCACACCGUCUGGUAAGCUUUGAGAGGGUUCACAAGUCCUUGACCCACAAUGAAAAAUAUGUUUUUUAAUUUAAAGGAAAACACAACAUCUAAGCUGUAAUUGCAAGGUUUUCCUGCCAUAAUGGAGAUACGGAAAUGUAUUUUUUGAUUGCUUUUUUAUGACUUAGAGAUGAAACUUGCAAACUAACUUUACAAAUGUUAUAAAUGCAUGAAGACACUGAAGGGAUGUGUGAUCAGCUACUCUUAGCUCCAGUGCAGUGAAACAGUGCAGCUUGCUAACGUGCACAAGCAGAUAAUGACAGACUGAUUUGGCGCAUGUGAAGAGUUAAUUCUCACUCUGUUUGCUUCUUCGUCUCCUGCAAACAUUUGUCAGGCUUGUUUCCGCAGCUGUGUUUAUGUUUAUUGUGUGUAAUAUUAAGAUGGCUUUUAUUUCUCCCAAACAUCAAUAAAUUAUCU